UUCAUGUUAGUUACAUAUACGCGAAGAAAUUUGUACUACAUAAUAUAGUGCGCGUCAUAUGAUUGGAUUAUUAUUAUUAUUAUAGUGAUUAGUGUGGAACCUACGUUUUUUACAUACUUAUAUAUGUAGUGACUGUGUCUUGGUGGUAAUAACAACAAAUUAUUUUCUUAAGGUACAUUCCAUAAUCACACAGAAAGACUGAAACUGCGGCGCUGAAAAAUAGAUAUAAAUUCAAAAUUUAAGAAAAAAAAUAUGAUACAACCUUUCUAACCCCCAACGGAUGAAAGCAACAACUUUAAAAUGGCCCAAUCGCACUACUCACUAAGAUGGAACAACCAUCAGUCCCACAUUCUGGCAGCAUUCGAGGCAUUAUUACAAGCCGAAACGUUGGUGGACUGCACCCUGGUGUGUGCCGAAAAUUCCGUGAGAGCUCACAAGGUCGUACUGAGCGCUUGCAGUCCUAUGUUUCAGAGGAUCUUCUCUGAGAAUCCCUGUAAACAUCCGGUGAUUGUUUUAAAAGAUUUUAAUGGGUGGGAGGUGCAAGCAAUAGUCGACUUUAUGUACAAAGGCGAGAUCAGCGUAAUCCAAGAACAGCUCCCAAGCUUAAUAAAAGCAGCAGAAAACCUGCAGGUACGUGGCCUAGCGAAUCAAGACAGUUUGGGGGUAGAUAAAGACUCUACUAGUAUAUUAAAUCAAACGCCUACGCCUUCCGCGUCUCCCACUGAUUUCGAUAGGCAAUACUAUAACUCUGGCAAGUAUCCUAUGCACGGUAUAACUGCUAGGACUCCAGUAGAUAGUUCACCAUCUCCAGGAUUUGAACCAGCUACGAAACUACCACAUAUGAGUAGGUUGAGCUUUCCAGAUCAGGUCAUUUCCAGGGAGUGUCAGUCACCUCUACCAAGAAGAAAGCAAGCUAGGCCAUUUUAUAGGCCUCGUAGACGAUCGGGAGAACUAAGUGGACCUCAAGACCUUUCGACGAACCUCCUUAAGUCAGAAUCUCCUACUCCCAUGGAAGCUACAGCGGAAAACUUAUGUAUGAAGAGGAAAGAGGAGAAGCCUCAUGUAAAAGAGGAGGACCUCUGUCCGGAUCCACCGAUAAGGAGCCCGGAUACUGACAUGACCACUCAAAGUAGCGGCAAAGAGUUUAGGGCUUCACCGAUCUCACAGCCAACGAUGAAUUUAAAACAAGAAGUCGAUGCUAAUCAUAGCCCUUUGCCGUUUCCUCCUAUGCCGACGGUUUCCGCUUUGGCAAUGACACCUCCACAUAGCAAAUUUUUUGGACUAGACGCCCCCCUAGGACUAUUCCCUCCAGGACUAGAUAGCUGUAGAAACCCACUCUUCGACAUGACUGAUCCCCGGAAUGAUAGUCCGAUGUUUGUCAAGAAGAAAAUGGGUAGACCGAAGGGUCAACACUCCGCCCCCAGGGGAGGUCCGCCACGUUCCUGGACGAACGCCGAACUGACCGAAGCCCUCCAACACGUCUGGAAUAAGAAAAUGACCACCAGCCAGGCAUCCAGAAUAUUCGGCAUCCCCUACAACUCUCUGCUGAUGUACGUCAGAGGAAAAUAUGGUAAAAGCCUAAAACUGGAACAGUUAAGAAAAGAUUGCAUCGGGCCCAAUUCCUCUAUGGAUAUGUUGGGGAAUUUGGGUAGUAACAACAACAAUAAUAACCUAAGCAAGGGAGGUGAUAAGGAGGGUGAGCCUCUGCAGCCUAACACGAGGCCGCCUAGUACGGACCAGGAACAGGCUCCACCACAGCACCCGCUCUUUAACCCGUUCAGUCACAACUUCUAUCCAGACUUCGGUACCGGGUUCCCUAUUCCGGUGAACAUGAUUCACCUUCUUCCCCAAAGUGAGAAAAAUCGCCUGGAGCAUAACGCUUAUGGACAAACAGCGCCACACGAUGACGACAAACAAAACCAACUUAAAGAGAUCGAUGACGAAUCCGUACGGGACAUGUAUAGAUUAACCGUGGACGAUCGAAGGGAGUUGGUGCAUCAAAACGGGCAAGACUGAGGGUUACGUCGCUAGGGUGAGGUAGUACAGUUUGUGUAAAAAAAAAUAAACAGAGAAAAUUAUAUAUCAUUAAUUAAGUAAUGUGAUGUUGCUUCGUUAAGUGUUUAGAGAGGCCAACAAUGUCCAUGUGCGAAGAUGUUUUUGGGUAGUUAUAAAGAGAGAAAGUUUGAGUUAGAAAGAAUUUAUUUUUCUGUUUUAUGCAAAAAAGUAGCAUCAACUAAGAGUAUUAUCUUGCCUGAAAAGCAAAAAAAAGGUGUACUGACCACUGGAUAAAAGAAAAAAGCCUUGAUCACAUGUAUUUUGGCGCCCAACAGAAUUUUUGACGAGCUAUAUACUAUGUACAUUAUUUUCUUAACCAUCUCUUUAUAAUUUACCCAUCUACUUAUAAGUGAUAUAAUUUAUUUAGGGGCAAUAUUAGUUAAUAGGCAUGUUGUACUUAAAUAUCUCGGUUUUUAUUUGUCAAAUUGUUUCAUAGCUUUUUCGUGACUUAAAUUGGCGAUAGUUAAGCUGUCCGUGCUUCCUGAGUUGAUAUACUAUAUUUAUAUUAAAGAAAGCGGGUGAUUACCGAACAAUUGUUUUUACUCUCAGAACAAUUUGCUUCGGUAAAAGUAGGUUGGUCAAAUUCCGAAAAAAAAACAUUGUAAAUAAUUUAACGCGACGAUCGGGAUUUGUGUUUAUAAGACUGAUACUUAAUAAUGCCAAGAUGUUCCGACUACAUGAAUAUUAUAUUAACUACGAUUACAACAAUUUUAUUUUUUACCACUAUACACAGUUCCUCAGAUAUACAGAUUUUUUAACGGAUAUAUAAUAAUAAAUGUUUCUAUAUACAUACAUACGGUUUUACGUUUGAAUGCCACGUUUUAUCCAAAAUAUUCUGAAUCUACUUGGAUCUUUUACGGGCGAUUGACGAUGUACGAUAUAGUGAUGGAAAAAAUAACACACAUUUUUACAGUCCUCGAUCUGCAAGACUUUAUUCAUUAGCAGAAUUCAAAAUAGUAUUCAUAGUUCUAGUAUUUCAUAUUCAAGAUAUUUUAGGCUAAGGUCUUUUUCGCCAUCAGAGUACAGUUAAUAUAUUGCAUUGAAUUUUCAGAAACUGACUUAUCCCAGCCUUCGAAGUUUAAGAUUACUCCUCUGUAUAUACUUUAAUUUUAGCUUUCUUCAUUGUAUAUGUUUUAUACAGGGUCCGGCAAAAUGAUCUCCCACAUUUUGAUUUUUAAUAAAAACGCCAAUGUAAAUGCUAUUUAUAUUUUAUUUUUAUUAACUAAAAAUAUAUGGUAUAUUUUGGCAGUAAUAUGAGGCGAUAUUCCUGUAAUUUCUUGGCGGAUGGCUGCUUUAAUUUCGUCAAUAGUUCGGGGAUGAUGUUGAAAAACCUUCUCUUUCAGGUAGCCCCAAAGGAAAAAGUCGCAUGGGGCAAGAUCGGGUGAACGCGCAGGCCACCCAACGUCGCCACGUAACGAGAUUACGCGUCCUGGAAACAUUUCCCUUAACAGGUUCGUUGUCCUUCACAUCCGGAUGUUCAAGUUCCCUAAGUUUUGGUUCCAAAAAAUUACGUACAUGUCGGACAUAUCGAUCAGCAGUUACGGUAACCGUUACCCCUCAUUCUUCAAAAAAAUAGGGACCCCAAACACCAAAAGAACCAACAGCACACCCAACGGUAACACGUUGGCUGUGAAGUGGCCUUUCAUGGAGCUGCCGCGGAUUUUCUGGUGCCCAGUAGCGAAAAUUCUGCUUGUUCACACAGCCAGACAAAUGGAAAUGAGCCUCGUUACUCGUUAUUAAAAGCGCAUUUUGUGGGACGUUUUAAAGAAUAUCAUUGGAACGUUCUCGGCGAUUUUCCCUGUCCCGUUCACUAAGUUCUUGCACGAUCAUCAUUUUGUAUGGGUGAAACUUCCAUCGGUGUGCAAAAUUCUUCUCACAGAACGAUCUGACAAACGCAAAGCAGAGGCAUUUUUAACAGCUGAACGUCUAGUAGAUCGUUCAACUGCUUCUCUUACAGCUGCAAUGUUUUCAGGUGUCCGAACACUUCUGGGUCUAUCAGUUGAUUUUCUUUUUAAGGCUGAACCUGUAGCUCUAAAAUUUGAAACCCACAACAGUAUUGUUUUGCAAUUCGGAACUGGAUCAUGUUUACCAAGCGCGAAGUGAGUACGAAAAUUUCUUUGUGUCGUUAUUACAGAUUCGUUACUUUUGAAAAAUGUUUCGAUAAUGAAGGCACAAUGCUCGACUACGCUAAGCUGGCUCCCUCUUUAGUGAUUCGGGCUCAGUGGCGGCGCAAAAUGUGGGAGAUCAUUUUGCCGGACCCUGUAUUAGAAAUUUAUCAGCAGUGCUUACCCAAACAUCAACCUUUUUCACACAUCAAGUUUGGCCACCGUCUAUAGAUUACAACAAGUCAGACCACUUCCUAUACCGCCCGUGUUAAAGCAAAAUUGACCUUGAAUCCCGCUGUUUGCUGCGUACGAGCGUUUACCAGGGUUUAUCGUAAAUAUCGAUGAAAGCAAAUUCUGAGGCGCGCUGAUUAUUUUUAUACGAGGAGUAUUCAUAAGAAGUAUUUUAAGUCAUAAAAUAAGAACUUUUUUUAUAAGACUGGAAUAGAAUGUGUUUAUAUGACAGUGUUUCUUAAUUAUUAACGUUUUUACACAUUUUUUAUAUUAGCUUCACUUCUUUGCCUUUAUGUAGCAAUGUUUGUAUGUAUGUAUAUAACAAAUCUAAGAAUUCUAUUUAAACUAUAACUUCUACUUGUCAGAUUGUUUGCAAAUUUUGUAGGUGCUUGGCUUUCCAUAACAAGGACAGUUUUUAAAAUGUUUUUGAGUUUCCCUUUUCUAAAAUUGGUGUAUCUAGAAGUUUUGAUCAGUUCAAUGAAUUUGAACUUUUAAAUAAAUUGGAAGCGUUUAAUAUGGCGGAUUCAAAAUGGCUGCCUUUUAAGUCAAAUAUAAUAU